AUGGGUAGUAGGAAUCUCACACACGUGUCUGGCUUCAUCCUCAUGGGACUGACAGAUUCUGAAGAGCUCCAGCUGGUCCUCUUUACCCUGUUUCUCCUCAUCUACCUGAUCACUGUGCUGGGGAAUGCAGGCAUGAUGCUGAUCAUCUGCCUGGAUCUCCAGCUUCACACCCCCAUGUAUUUUUUCCUCAGUCACCUGUCAUUUCUUGACCUCUGUUAUUCAACCGUCAUCACCCCUAAAACCUUAGAAAACUUAUUGACUUCCACCAAGUAUAUUUCAUACCUGAGCUGCUUCACCCAGAUGAAUUGCUUUGUCUUCUUGAAUGCCACUGAAUGCUCUCUUCUCUCCUCAAUGGCCUAUGAUCACUACGUAGCUAUCUUCAACCCUCUGCAUUACCCAGUUGUUAUGUCCACAAGAUGCUGCUGCUCUCUAGUCUUUGGAUCCUAUUUGAUUGGCUUCAUGGAUUCCUUUGUCAAUGCGCUUUCCAUGAGCAGAUUGCAUUUAUGUGACUCCAAUGUUAUCUAUCACUUUUUCUGUGAAACACCUGCAAUUUUAGCCCUGUCCUCUACUGACACACAUGACACUGAAAUCAUGAUAUCCAUAUUUGCUGGCUCCACCCUAGCAGUGUCUCUUAUCACAAUAUCUGUGUCCUAUGUGUCCAUCCUGUCUACUAUCUUGAAAAUUAUAUCCACUUCAGGGAAGCAAAAAACCUUCUCUACUUGUGCCUCCCAUCUCCUGGGAGUCACCAUCUUUUAUGGCACUCUGAUUUUUACUUAUUUAAAACCAAAUAAGUUCUACUCCUUGGGAAGGGAUCAAGUGGUUUCUGUUUUUUAUACCAUUGUCAUCCCCAUGCUGAAUACAUUCAUAUAUAGUCUUAGAAACAAAAAAGUAAAAAAUGCUCUCAUAAGAGUUAUGCAGAAAAGGCUCCAAGCAUUUAAAAUAACUAUGAAGCUAAACUUUUAA